AUGGCUCUCCUCACUAAUGUCGCCAUCCUGCUGGUCUUGGCCUGUUUCUCCCAUCAGCUGAUGUUGAGCAGCUGUCAUAAGAGUCAAGGACGCAAGGGAAAAGGAGAGGAGAGAGGACAAAACAAGGACAGGACGGGGUUAAAGAUGAGCCGUCAACCUAAAUCUGUCUCUGCACAGCCCGUUAAAGGAAAAGUGGUCACUAAGGAUAAGUCAGAGUGCACCUGGGCAGCAACAGGUGAGGACGUCCUCAUCCUCGGUGUCUCCUGCAGGAAGGAAGGGAAGAGCUUCAGCUGUGAGUACAUCUCCAAACCAUCUCUCUGUCCCCAGUAUGCCUCCAACGUCAAACUUUACUGGAAGCAAAUCACCAGGGCUCUGAAGAAGCAGAGGAAUUUGUGCCAGGACAGCGCUGCGUUGGUCAGAGCGGGAAUGUGCAGAAGAGCUGACAAAGAAGCUCAUUUUAGACUCCGUGACACUAAGACAAAGACUGAUCCGCCUCCCUCCGCACAGCCUGCACCCACAGCUGUCAAAUCCUGUCAAUCUGAAAACAUGAAGCUGGCAGAGGAGUACUGCAACAAGUCCUGGUCCAGCGUUUGCACCUUCCUUUUCACCAUGGUGCAGGAUUACGACUGCUAA